AUGUUCUUCUACGUGGCCGUUGUUGCAAUCAUGAUGGUCAUCACUCCCAAUUCCAGCGCCAAUGAUGAUAACUGUCGGAAGGAAGGUGAGUUCUGCGACAGGACAGUCGUUAAUAGGUGCUGUGGCAAACUUCUCUGUGAGCUGAGCAGUUUCCUUAAUGGCAAGUGUGUGCGAUGCUUCAUGGCAGGGCAGGCCUGCUGGCGCGACCGCAACUGUUGUAGCGGAGACUACGAAAACUGCAGAAAGGAAGGCGAAACAUGCGACAAAACGAUCUUUCAGCGCUGUUGUGACAACUUGAUUUGCGAUUUGGUUUCAAUAGGAAAUGGCAAGUGUGUAAAGUGUUUGGAGGAAGGACGCCUCUGCACGAAGGAUUCAGAAUGCUGCAGUGGAAGCUGUCAGUGGCUCAAAUGUGUCGCCAAGGAACAUUCUACGACGACCCAAUCGACGAAGACACCUUAG